AGAGGAGGGGGAGGAUGGAGAAGUAGACCAUGGAGAGGAGGAUCAGCAGCAACAAGAGGAGGGGGAAGAGGUUCAGGAGGAGGGCCGAGAGGUGUAGGUGGUCUUCGUGCUGGAGGAUCGGGAAACCAUCCCUCCAGUACUCAGAGGGUUGCUUCUCAGUCUACUCUUGACAUAUUGUGUCCAUACAAAGGAUGGUCACUCUACUUCACAGAUGGCUUUAUAGAAAGCUCCCCCAUUGUGGAGAAGAUCAAAGUGUUUGAGAAAUAUUUCACUUCCAAGAUUCACCUGUAUGACAAGGAUGAGAUUGAGCGUCAGGGCAGUGUUCUGGUGGAUUAUGCAGACUUGAUUAGAGAUAAGACUGUGCGUGAAAAACUUCCUGACCUAAUCACGGAGCUGAAGGAACAGCCAGAGUUGAUACUCAACUGCUUGGGUGUGGCCAUUCACCAGGUGUUGACUAGAGAUUUAGAGAAACAGGCUGCUGAGCUGCAAGGAGAAGAGCUUCCUGUAGCUACACCAAUCAUCAACAUCACUCACAUUAGCGCGAGGCUGUAUAACUAUGAACCACUGACUCCACUGCGGAUGCUGCGUGCCAGUGUUUAUGGACGACUGGUUUGUGUGAGGGGAACGGUGGUCAGAGUUGGCAGUAUCAGACCUUUCUGUACCAGGAUGGCCUUCAGGUGCCUGACCUGCUCACACACGCAGUCUCUGGCUCUGCAGCAUGGGAAAUAUGCUACACCUACCAAAUGUAUCCAGCUUGAGUGCCGUGGUCAUUCCUUCACUCCCAUCAGAAGUUCCCCUCUUACACAGACUGUAGACUGGCAGGUUAUCAAGUUACAGGAGUUGAUUGGUGGAGAGCAGAGGGAGACUGGACGAAUCCCACGCACUGUGGAGUGUCACCUCACCUCUGACCUCUGUAACACCUGUGUCCCUGGAGACGCUGUUACUGUGACAGGAAUAGUUCGAGUUAUCAAUGAUGGAAGUUCCCGGGGGAAUAAAGAUCAAUGUAUGUUCCUCCUUUACCUUGAUGUCACUUCAGUCAGUAAUACUAAAGGUCAGCAGUCCAAGUCAGGAGGUCAGGGGUCAACAGAGUCAGUUGAAAAUUGUUCUGUAUGGGAGGAGUUCAGUCUGAAGGAGCUGUAUGCCAUCCAGGAGAUCCAGGCACAGCCCAGCCUGCUGAGACUGAUAGUGCACUCUUUGUGUCCUGUCAUCUACGGCCAUCUGCUGGUGAAAGCUGCCCUAGUUUUAGCAUUAUUUGGAGGCAGGCAGAAACAGACAGACAAGAACAGUAUCCCAGUGAGAGGAGACCCACACAUCCUGAUGGUGGGAGACCCUGGAAUGGGAAAAAAAUACUGUAACGCAGUGUGUAAUGUGGCUCCCAGAGGGGUUUAUGUAUGUGGUAACAGCACAAGCACCACAGGACUAACGGUGACUUUAUCCCGAGACACAGGGACAGGGGAUUAUGCUCUAGAGGCCGGAGCCUUGGUGCUGGCUGACCAAGGUCUGUGCUGCAUUGAUGAGUUUGAUAAGUUGGGCAACCAGCAGCAGGCUCUGUUGGAAGCCAUGGAGCAGCAGUCUGUGAGUUUGGCUAAGGCUGGAAUAGUUUCCUCUCUGCCUGCUAGAACCUCAGUCAUAGCUGCUGCGAACCCUGUUGGAGGACAUUACAACAGAGGCAAGACUGUCUCUGAGAAUCUCAAAAUGGGCCCGGCCCUUCUCUCUCGCUUCGAUGUCGUCUUCCUCCUCCUGGACAUCCCAGACGAGUCGCAUGACCGCCACCUGUCGGAGCACGUAAUGGCAAACAGGGCAGGAAGAGGCAGAACCGCGAGUGCUGUAGUUACCAGGGUCAACAGUGACUUUGAGACCUCGGUUCUACUAGAACACUCAGAUAUGCCACUUUCUGAACGCCUGGAGAUCCCUGCAGGUGAAAUUGUGGACAUCAUUCCAGUAUGUUUGUUGAGGAAGUAUAUCAGCUACGCUCGUCAGUAUGUCCAUCCCAGGCUUUCUCCUGAAGCAGCACAAACACUUCAGGACUUCUACCUUUCACUUAGAUCCCAGGCGCACACUGCUGAUGCCACGCCCAUCACUACACGACAGCUGGAGUCUUUAAUCAGGCUAACUGAGGCAAGAGCCAGGUUGGAGCUCAGAGAGACGGCUACCAAGAGUGAUGCUGAGGAUGUGGUAGAGAUCAUGAAGUACAGUCUGGCUGAUACAUAUUCAGAUGGCCUGGGCAAUCUGGACUUUGAGCGCUCUCAUCUUGGGUCAGGCAUGAGUCAACGCAGUGCUGCAAAACGACUGGUCAACGCACUGCACUCACACGCUCAGAGGACCAGUCAAAAGCAGUUUGAUCUACAGACACUCCGAUCUUUGGCCGACAAGCUGAACAUCAAGGUCAUGGACUUUGAAGGUCUGGUGAAUUCCCUGAAUGAACAGGGUUUCCUGUUGAAAAAAGGAGCCAAGCUGUACCAGCUGCAGACAAUCUGAUCACUUACAACUACGAUACCUGCUCCUAGCUACAGACCUCAUUUCAAGGACAGUGUUUGAAGUGAAAAAGUACAUAUCUGUAUGGAAAAGAAAAACUUCAUGGGGUUCCAUUAUCCAGGCUGCUUUCACCAAACCACCAGCCGGGUGGCUACAGUGUGACCCUUUGAAGCUACUUGCAACGACCACAACUGCCAGAGGACAGAUCAUCUAAACUACUGAAACAUCAGAGACGGCAUUUGUCUCUCAGCAACCGCAUGACUGAGCACAAAUGUCCUGCUAAAAAGAGGAACUAAGUUCAGCGGACUCCAUAUCUCUGCUGAAAUUGUCAGCAUUUGUUUACACACAAAAAGCUUCAAACUAAAGGCAUUAUUGACCCUAUUGGGGUUAGAUUUCAAUUGCAUCAAUUAAAUUGUACUUCAGACAAAUAAAAGUUGGCAUCCCUCCUCUCCAGUAAUGUCAUGCACCAUAAAAUACCCUUAUCUUAAGGAAGACAGUUUUUCAGCCUUAAAAAAAAAAAAAUCUGUUUCUACUUUCUUCUUUUUUUUUCCAUGCUUCUCUGCGUUCAGGUCAUAUUAAUAAAUAAUUUAGGAGCUUGUUGUCCCAACUGGUUUUCCCUUAUUUUGGUGACUGUGAAUAGAAUAGGAAAUUGCACUGUGACAUUUAAGAAAUGUGAAAUUUAAUUUGGUGAACACUGGAAAAACCCUGAUAAUACAAAUAUUUAUUAUCCCAUCUGCUUAUGGUUACUUUUUCUAUAUGCACUUAUGAGUUAACAUGAAACAUUCACUUAAUAAAUGUUUGUUUUUUAAAUAACAGCAUUUUGUUUUCUU